UUUUGAGCCAUCUGCCUUCCAAAGGACUUGCACCUGGCUUAUUAGGGUUGGCAAGAUUAGCGGCCGAAUAGUCUGAAUAACGUUAGGAUCAAUAAAAUUCGCGAUAUAUCACUGCUUAACUAGGAUCCUACCUGGCUUGUGCCAAAGGUUACUUAUUAGGGCAACUGGGAUUACCGGCCAAUUGGUAGGUAGAGCGCAAGGGCGGGCGGACCAUAACCAGUUCCUUCUCGACAGUCCAAUCAUGAAGUACCGCAUGUUGAACAAACGCAAGCAGGCGACCCCCUCGCCAGUGAGACAAUCCGACACAGAAGACGUGUCCAUGGCCAACCACAGUGCUCUGGAACUGGAGGCAGCUGCAGCUCUCCUGUUGCUCCGCUACCAAUAUGAUCGGCAAGUGUGCAACAGCAUUAUAUCCUACACGGAGUCCUGUUCUCCGACUCCACCGCCGGCAGUUGCCGAUAACACGACGCCAAAGGAUCAGACUGUUCGUCCGCCAGUCGCCAGCCAGCCGUUGAAGAAACGCUCCAUACCAUCGCACCUACUCAGGAGAUCCCUGACACCGGCCAAAUCCGAGACUUCGGUGAGCAACAAGUCGAUAGUCAAGGCCAAAACGAGGACUCCAAUUCCCAGUAAAGAGCGCAACUGCAACAGGUCCUUGCUCAAGUCCUGCAGAAACAUGAUUCGCGAGUUUUUGGACAAUCAGGAGCUUAUCUAAAAAAGUUUAACUACGUAUCCUAGGAUAACCGCCUGAAACCAAUUCUACAUUUUUAAAUUUACCCAAAUCAAGAUUUUAGAAAUCUUCGCUUAAAACGCCACAGUGAAUUGCACGAUUGCAAAAAAGAACAAUCAAUGAAUUUUUAAAGCGAUGUAGCCCAGUAAAUAACAAUCCCACUUAAGGCCCAAGAAAGAUAAAGCCGAUCCUUGGGAUCCUGGAUUUCACUUUUCAAUUUAUUUAUUGCAUAUAAAUUUGUUUCCUUUUUUAUACAUAUAUAAAUUAUGUAUUGAUCGAAAGAUAACGUAUUCAAUGGAAGAACAGGUAUUGUGGCGACACUAGAGUGCUAAUUAUUAGCUAUUGGCGGUGUUUAAACUUAAGGCGUACGAAAAACAAAUAGAAAAUUAUCUUUACCGUAGAUCUACACAAUAAUUAAUAAUUACAGUUGCACUACAGGCUAAAUGUAUGAACGUGCAUUGAUGAUAUCUCUUCCUAACUCUGUUCACUCCGUUUAAUGUAAUUAAUAAAGUGCUUCAAAUGUACAUUUUCUAUUGUUUCAUUGUUUUUUAGCUGGUGAGUGGGUUGUGGGCGGCGGGUGGUGGGAGAGUGGUGGUAAGAUCGUAAGCGGUUUUACAAACUAAAGUUGUUAAUGCUUAAAUGAACACCUUCAUUUGCUGCUGCUGCUGCUGGGCUGCCAUUUGAUUGCAGCCACUUAAACUAACGUACAAAUAAUAAUAAUAAAAAUAAGAGCAAUAGAAAACUAAUGUGUAUACAUAUAUGCUUGUAUCAUUGCUAUGUUAAAAUGGAAGCCAAUGUUUUUCUAUCUCUAUUUCUUGUUGCAGUGUAUCUAGGGCUAGGGGCUCAAUUGAAAUUGAAUUUUGAAAGCUCUUUUUUCAGGCUGAUCUUGAAGCAAGAGCAGCCCCAUCCUCGCAUGAAGGAUCGCGAAACUGUUUCAGCUUCGCUUUUUGGAGCUGCUCCAUUUUCGUUAGCAUUCAGCCAAUGUGAAUCAAAGAUAAUUCUGUUGUUAUCACAAGAAAUCAAUUUGUCUUGUUGUAUACAAAAACUCUUUCUAUGCUGAUUUGUAUAUUAAUUAACAAUUUCGACAACAAUUCAAAUUUCAUAUUUCCUUCACUUUCUUUCGAUUUUAACAAUGUUUGUUUUUGUUUUUUGUUCUUUUUUUGUUUUCAUAAAUUUGAAACCAUUGUUGAGGCAACAUUUGUAAAGCUCAAAGGUGGCAACACUUACGGUCUACUGGCUAAUUUCUACUCCUUAUUCGCUACUCAUUACUUAUAUGAUUGGUUAUGGUUAGGCAUAUU